GGCGGUGUUUAGUUGGACAUACUAAAAGCGUAUCUCAGUGCUGGUUUCCAUCCUGUUAAGAGAAGUACGUGUGGCUGACAAGUCUUUACUGCGCCAGUCUCUCAUUUAUCUGCUUUACUACAAAAACAACGUGCAGUCAUGGUGAAAUUAGCCAAGGCGACCAAAAAAGCAGCAGCCCCUCCAAAGAAAAAGGCCCCUCCACCUCCUAAAGAAGUGGAAGAGGAGUCAAGCGAGGAGGACAGUGAUGAGGAUGAAGAGGCACCACCAGCCAAAGCUGUGGCAAAAAAGAACACAGCAGCUGUAAAAAAUGGAAAAGCUGCUGCCAAACAGGAGAGUGAUGAUGAUGAUGAUGACGACGAUGACUCUGAAGAGGAGGCUCCUCCACCAAAGAAGGCCACACCUGCAAAACCAGCUAAGGCAACUCCUGCAAAGAAAGCUGCACCUGCAGAGGAAUCUGAUGAUGAUGAUGAAGAAUCUGAUGAAGAAGAGGCACCCCCACCCAAGAAGGCUGCAAUUGCCAAAGCUGCAGCAACACCUGCAAAGAAAGCUGCACCUGCUGAGGAGUCUGAUGACGACGACGACGACGAUGAUGAGUCUGAAGAGGAAGAGGCCCCACCUAAGAAGGCUACACCAGCUAAACCCAUUGCUAAAGCACCUGCUGUCAAAGCACCCGCAGCCGAAGAGGAAUCGGAUGAUGAUGAUGAUGAUGAUGAUGAUGACGACGACGACGAUUCAGAAGAGGAGGAAAUGGACACAACACCUGCGCCUAAAGCCCCUGCUAAAAAGGCUGGAAUGGUGAAGGCUAAGGAAGAAUCGGAGGAGGAGGAGGAGGAAGAUGAUGAUGAUGAUGAUGAAGAAACACCCACAACUCCAGGAAAAAGGAAAGCUGAUGCGAAAAAGGAAAAGGGAACUCCUCCAGCCAAGAAAGUCAAAACUGAAGGAGAGGGCUUCAGUCUCUUCAUGGGUAACUUGAACCCCAAUAAAGACUUUGAUGAGAUCAAGGCAGCCAUCACAAAGUUCUUCUCAAAGGAGAACCUUGAAAUUCAGGAUGUGCGUCUUGGCGGAUCUAAGAAAUUUGGCUACGUUGACUUUUCAUCAGAAGAAGAGUUGCAGCAGGCUUUAGCACUUAAUGGUAAGAAGUUGAUGGGCCAACCACUGAAACUCGACAGAGCCAGAAGCAAAGAGAACUCACAGGAAAACAAGAAAGAGAGAGAUGCACGCACUUUGUUUGUAAAGAACCUUCCGUACUCCAUAACGCAAGAUGAACUGAAGGAAGUCUUUGACCAGGCCAUCGAUAUCAGAAUGCCAGUGGGCAAUGAUGGUUCUAGCAGAGGAAUCGCCUACCUCGAGUUUAAGACUGAGGCUAUCGCUGAGAAGAUGUUGGAAGAAGCGCAGGGUGCGGAUGUUCAGGGACGUGCAAUCAUGAUAGAUUUCACUGGAGAGAAAAGUCGUCAGGGCAGCAGAGCACCAGCUGCUGGUUCUUCAAGCAAAAUCCUUGUGGUAAACAAUCUAGCAUUCAGUGCAACUGAGGAUUCUCUGCAGAGUGUGUUUGAGAAGGCUGUGGCUGUCAGAGUACCACAGAGCAAUGGCAGGGCAAAGGGGUUUGCAUUUGUGGAGUUUGAGAGUGUGGAGGAUGCCAAGGAAGCACUGGAGUCAUGUAACAACACAGAGGUUGAAGGCAGAACUAUCAGACUAGAGUUCAGUCAGAGCAGAGAAGAGAGAGGAGGCGGCGGCGGCAGUGGAGGAAGAGGAAACUCUGGACCUACAAAAACCCUGUUUGUCAAAGGUCUCUCAGAAGACACCACAGAUCAGACACUGAAAGACUCAUUUGAGGGUGCAGUCGCAGCCAGAAUUGCAACAGACAGAGAAACUGGAUCAUCGAAAGGAUUUGGUUUUGUAGACUUCGACAGUGAAGAAGACUGCAAGGCAGCCAAAGAUGCUAUGGACAACGGCGAGAUUGAUGGAAACUAUGUGACUCUGGACUACGCCAAGCCCAAGGGCGAGGGAGGCAGAGGGGGCGGCAGGGGCGGAUUUGGCGGCCGAGGUGGUGGACGGGGUGGUUUUGGCGGCAGAGGUGGUGGUCGCGGUGGUUUCGGGGGACGCGGUGGUUUCGGGGGACGCGGUGGUUUCGGUGGCCGAGGUGGCGGCGGCUUCAGGGGAGGACGAGGCGGACGAGGAGGUGGAAGAGGUGGUUUUGGGGACAGGCAACAAGGAAAGAAGAUCAAGUUUGAUGAUUAAAUCUGUUUUUGAAUGUACUGUUUUCAUUGCUUAAAUCUAUUUUGUCAGAGCGUUUCUAGGACAUUCCAGAAAGUGUCAGUAAUCUAUAACUGUACAGUGACCCCCCCCCCGACCUCUUGCACCCUUCUGUGUUUUGAGCUGCAUCCCCAACCAUCCACCUUGCAUCCUCAUCUGUUUUUCUGAAACGGGGAGCGUCAAUGAAUUAAAUGUGAAUGUUGUAAUUAUGCUCUGCUGGUUUAGGUACAUGUUGUACAUGAUUUAGUUUCUUUUUGUUGGUGUGUAUUCACUUCU